GACGUCGCGCUUGGGCGUGCUGGCCAGGGGAAACGUCCUGCCGUGCCGCCCUUCCACUGCCGACAGUGGCACUGACUUCGCCUGAACUUCAAGCAAACACUUCGAGAUCACGAAACUGCAGAGCUUUCGCGUUGCGCUAAGCCCGGCCUGGCGCCCACGGCGCAGGACAUUCACUACUCAGCUAUGCAGUUACUUAUGAACUCAAGCUACAAGCAGAUUCUACUAUGUUAGCGGUAUCUGGAACGGUAAUGCAUCACAGAACCGGGGCGCUUGGAGAACAUCCCUCGCGCACAGCGUCAUAUCGCCCGCGCCUGUCCGUGUAAGUAGCCGCUCUUACAGCUGGUGUUUUGUUUGUUCCAAAAUCUGAGACACCGGCCAGUUUGGCAGGCCUGUGUCCAACUUGCAUGGAAAUGGCCCAUCAGAGGCGGAGUCUCAAGGGCCGUCGCUUUCCUUGCACUCCCUCUUUCUUUGUGCCCACACAGUCACCAUGCCGCCGAAGUUUGACCCCAGUGAUGUGGUGGAGGUGUGCGUGCGUGUGACCGGUGGUGAGGUGGGUGCCGCCUCCUCGCUGGCCCCUAAGAUUGGUCCGCUGGGUCUGUCCCCCAAGAAGAUUGGUGAGGACAUCGCUAAGGAGACCCUGAAGGACUGGAAGGGCCUGCGCAUCACCGUCAAGCUCACUGUCCAGAACCGUCAGGCGAAGAUUUCGGUCAUUCCCUCGGCGGCCGCGCUGGUCAUCAAGGCCCUGAAGGAGCCCGCCCGCGACCGCAAGAAGGAGAAGAACAUCAAGCACACUGGCAGCGUGACGAUGUCGGACAUCAUCGAGAUUGCCCGCGUCAUGCGGCCGCGCAGCUGCGCCAAGGACCUGGCGAACGGCUGCAAGGAGAUCCUGGGGACAGCCGUGUCGGUCGGCUGCAAGGUGGACGGCAAGGACCCCCGCGACGUCAUCUCCGCCAUCGACGACGGCGCCAUCGAGAUCCCCGACGCUUAAGCGCGGGGCGUGUUGCAGCGGCAGGGAAGAGCAGCUGAUGAUGAUCAAGGGUGUGCUGUAACGUCUGUGCGAAG